UAUAGUGAUUUUAGUAUAACUGUUCUUGGUCUUGAUUCAAUUGAAGCUCGGAGCUACAUCAAUGCUUUAGCUUGUAGUUUUCUAGAGUAUGACUCUGAUGAUAAACCCCGAGAUGAAACAAUCAAACCUUUGGUAGAUGGCGGGACUGAAGGUUUCGAGGGCCAUGCUAGGGUUAUUAUACCAGGGGUCACACCAUGCUUUGAGUGCACCAUCUGGCUUUUCCCCCCUCAAGUAAAGUUCCCCUUAUGCACCCUUGCUGAAACUCCUAGAACUGCUGCUCAUUGUAUUGAAUAUGCCCACCUAAUCAAGUGGGAUGAGGUUCAUAGUGGAGAGACUUUUGAUCCAGAUGACCCAGAGCAUAUGAAGUGGAUCUAUAAUGAGGCUGUCAAGAGAGCUGAGCUUUUUGGCAUUCCAGGAUUCACGUAUUCUCUUACUCAGGGGGCUGUGAAGAACAUUAUUCCAGCUAUUGCUUCCACUAAUGCAAUUGUAUCAGCUGCAUGUGCACUUGAAGCUUUGAAGAUUACUACAGGAUGCAGCAAAACUCUAUCAAACUAUUUAACGUAUACUUUUGCCUAA